AUGGCCAUCCACAAAACAGCACAAGAAUCGGACGCAAUCAUCAAGGAAUUGCGUCUUAAACUGGGCCCAAAGUCAAAGACAAUGAAAGACGAAUAUCUCAUUCAAUUCCUUGUUGCCCGCAGCUGGAGUGUGUCAGGCGCUAAGAAUCAAAUUGAAAAGACUUUGGAGUGGAGAGAAAAGCACAAAGUGAAUGAACACCCUGUUGCCACAGGGGAAAAUAAGUUACCGCUAUUGUACCCUAUCCGUGGUUACAAUAGCAUCCCUGAUGGUAACCUUGAGGCUGCACCAGGUCUUUCAGAAUCUGUCUUGAGAAUCAAUAAGUACAUGGGUGGCAGCUGUCUCCACAAAACUGACAAGAAUGGUUGCCCUAUCUACAUUGAACGACUGGGUUACCAUGCAGCAAAGGAGAUCGCGAAGUACACAACAGUUGAGGAGGUGUCUAACUACCACAUCGGCUGCAACGAGUUUCUUAACCGAGUAAUUAUGGAGGAUUGCUCUCGCGUGGCAAACAAAACUAUCAAUCAUGAGACUGUGAUAUUUGACUGUACCGGAAUGGGAUGGCAUCAGCUUCACAUGCCAGCACUACACUAUCUUCGUGCUAUUUCUGAUGCAGAUCAAAACUAUUACCCAGAAACUCUCAGCAGACUUUUCUUGGUCAAUGCACCUUCGUCAUUUGUGUUUGUGUGGAAAAUAGUAAAGGCAUGGCUUGAUCCUGGUACCAUUGACAAGAUCAAGAUUUUGGGUUCUGACUAUAAGGAGGAACUCUUACAAUAUAUUCCUGCCGAGAACUUACCGAGUUUCCUGGGAGGAGAAUGUACAUGUGCUCAUAUGCCAGGCGGAUGUGUGCCAUCUCAAAUGCUCAAAAACAUCCCUUCGCUUGUACCUCAAUCCCACAACGAAAAGGUUUCUACCCCAUACAACACAGAUAUUAUGCAAAAAGGAACCUCAUACGAGGACUAA